UUUAUUUAAUUAUACAUGGAUUAUAUAUAUAUAUAUAUUUAUAGAUAUUCCAGUGAUUUAGGUUAAUUCUUGUUAAUUAAUUUAAAAGCUAAAAAGCCCAUCAAUAUUACAGGGUUACAUUAAAGAGCAGCAGCCCUUAGACGUGAAAUUUUUUGCACAUAAAACACGAAGGAAGGCGAAGAUCAGAGGAAAAAAAAAAAACUUUUAGUAGUGUCUGUGGAGGCGCAAAGAGAGAAUUGUGGAGGAAAGGAAGAGGAGAAAUAGAAGAGGCAUUGGCGUGGCUAAUAAAGAGGGACGUAAAAAAGAGCAGUCUUUGACACAAGAAUUAGUAGAGAGGCAGACAUUGUGAAAUUCGACCGCUGAUUUGAAGUUAUGUUUUGACACCCACUGCCUGCCUAACUCUGUCAAUGGCCAUCAUUGAAGAACCCAUCAACAUCAAAACUCCUCCCAAACUCCAAGUUGAUGAAAAAGUCGAGGUUAGGAGCAUCGAAAAUGGAUUCCUGGGUUCAUGGCAUUUGGCUACCGUGAUUGCUUCUGAUUAUUUGGUUCGUCGUGUGCAGUAUGAUCACCUUCUAUGUGAUGACGGUUCCAUCAACUUGAUAGAGUCUGUGAAUGUUUCUCCCAUGGUUGAUGGGAUUAUUCCUGCUGAUAAGGUGCCAGUUACCUAUCGUGGUAUCAUUAGGCCUUUGCCUCCUCCAAUUCAAUUUGGGAGAUGGGCUCUACCUUAUGGACAAUGUGUUGAUUUAUUUUAUCAGGAUGCUUGGUGGGAAGGUGUGAUUUUUGACCAUGAAGAUGGCGCCGAGGACCGGAGAAUUUUCUUUCCAGAUAUGGGUGAUGAAAUGAAGGCUCAAGUCGCCAAUCUACGUAUAACUCAAGAUUGGGAUGAGGUUUCGGAAGAAUGGAAGCCUCGUGGUAGCUGGAUUUUUCUUGAAAUAAUUGAGGAGAUUGAGCCUCUGCACCCCCUUUUAGUGUCGGUGAAACAAAUUUGGUAUGAAGUGCGGGAGAAGAAUGGCUAUGAAAAUCUUAAGGAGUGGACAUCUACUUCGAGGGAUAUCUGGAGGAUCUUGAUCAAGGAAGUUGUGCUUGACAACACCAUGUUAACCGUCAAGCAAAUAUUUUAUGAGUUGAACUCUUCACCGGACUUUGUAGAGGGAGGCCAAUUGCUAGAAUUUUCAAAACCUGCUCUCCAGGCUAUACUGAAUGUUGAAACAUAUUUUGAUAACUCGGCCAUUGUACCCUUUAUUGAAGCCAUAUGCAAUUCAGAUAGUAGGGAAAUGGUGUCUAUGGAUCAGGAUGUGUCAUGUCUUCAGCCUGUUGAAAAGCAACUUGUUUCAGACGGUUUUGCACCAAUCGCGGAGGAUGUUCCACUGAGUGGUAAUGUUAUGUUUAGCUCAGUUCUGCCAAGACAAGAAGAACAACCAUCUGUAUCACCUACUGCUUUGUCUAUUUUACAUCCCCCUAAAAAUGAAAUUUCUGCUAAUUUCUCAAUUACUAAGGGUGAAAGAUUUAGUUUCACAGACUUUGAGCCUUCCAAUGAAAUAGAUUCUAGAAAGAGCAAGCGACUUGAAUGGAAGACCAUGGACGAUAUAGCUGAGUUUUGUCCUGAUGCAAUUUCUAAGUACAAUGAGAAUCAGAUGUUGAACGAUAGGUCACUCUUACAAAAACUUAAGAAGCAUUUGUUGUUUUUAGGAUGGAAAGUUGAGCUAGCAAAGAGUUUCCAAACUAGGACGCGGUACAUUGCUCCCGAUGGAAGGAUAUUUCACUCACUUCGUCAAGUUUGUAAGAUAUUGGAAAAGUCAGAAACUUUUGCAGAAGGCCAAAAAACUUCGUAUGAUAGUUCACUUGAUGACCUCAAGCGGUCUACUUGGCUGGCAAAAGCACAGCCCUCUCCUUCUCAAGGAUCAAUCAUUGAUCCUGAAUUCAACCCUCAAGCUGUAAUUGAUUAUUGUUUUUCAGCAGACAAUCCUACCUAUGACAAUUUGAACCGUGAGCGAAAGAGUUAUAUGAUCCUGAAAGCUAAGCAGCACCUAGUUGCAAUAGAAUGGAAAUUAUAUUAUCAUUGGAAAGGAAACAAAAGAGAAUUGCGGUACCGUUCUCCUAAUGGAAAGAUUUUUAAUUCUCUUCUAACAGCAUGCAGAGGGUGUGUAGAGCAGUUGGAAGCUGAGGGUCAGUUACUUGAAUUAAUUUCUCCAUCAACUCUGGAAUUCCAGGGAAAUUUAGCACCUGGGAGGAAUUCAUGUAAGAAGUUAUCAACGGAGACAGUUUCUGUCAUGUCACUUCCGAAAGAACCUGCUCAACUUCACAAAGUCAAAGUUCGUGAAAUCAGCAUAAGAAGAAAGAAGAGGAGUAAUCAUGGUGACAGAAACGAGAUAUACGCAGGUGGCUGCAACGUGCUGAAUAAAGGAAAUGAAUCCACAUCUUUAAGUAGAGUAACAGAUUGUAUAGAAUUUCGGUCUUCAGCUCGUGUGCUGCGAUCAAGCAAAAGAGCUCGGCAGGCAGCUAUUUCUUCUUCCUUGUAUCAUACACCUCGAACAGUGCUAUCUUGGUUGAUAGACAAUAAUGUGGUUCUGCCCCGAACCAAAGUGCAGUAUCGUGGGAAAAAAGAUGGUCGUCCAAUGGCUGAAGGGCGGAUCACUCGUGAAGGGAUCAAAUGCAGUUGCUGCCAAACAGUUUAUGGAAUUAGUAACUUUGAGGUGCAUGCUGGAAGCAGUUGUCACAGACCUUCUGCAAACAUAUUUUUGGAAGAUGGAAGAUCUCUUCUUGAGUGUCAACUGCAGAUGAAACUCAAAAAUAGUGUAAGACGCACGAAUAAUAGACCACGUUCGUUGAAGAAGGACAGUCAUUUGGGCACAAACGACUACGUGUGUUCUGUGUGCCAUUAUGGAGGUGAAUUACUUCUCUGUGAUGAGUGUCCAUCUUCAUUUCAUUCUGGUUGCCUUGGAAUGAAGGAGGUCCCAGAUGGUGACUGGUUUUGCCCAUCAUGCCGUUGUGAAAUGUGUGGCCAGAGCAGAUUUGAUAAAAACAAAGACCACUUUACAGACAGCAGUGUACUUAUCUGUUGUCAGUGUGAGCACAAGUAUCAUGUUCAAUGUGUGAGAAAUAAGGGUCUUCAAAAGCUGGAUAAUUAUCCUGAAGGAGAUUGGUUUUGCGACAAGAGAUGUGAGCAGAUAUGUUUGGGUAUCCGCCAACUUCUAGGAAAGCCAGUUAUGGUGGGAGUUGAUAACCUCACUUGGACUAUGUUGAAAUUCUUAAAAGCUGAUGAUUUUGAUUCUGAUGCUGCUGAUGAUGAGUCCAUACUGGAGACUUACAGCAAACUUAGUGUCGCUCUGGAUGUGAUGCAUGAAUGUUUUGAGCCUGUCAAAGAACCUUACACAAGGAGAGAUCUUGUGGAAGAUGUUAUCUUCAGUAGAUGGUCGGAGCUCAAUCGUUUAAAUUUUCAGGGGUUUUAUACUGUGCUUUUGGAAAGCAAUGAUGAAGUGAUUUCAGUAGCGACUGUAAGGAUUUAUGGAGAAAAGGUAGCCGAGGUUCCUCUUGUGGCAACACGAUUUCAGUACCGCCGACUAGGAAUGUGUCGCAUCUUGAUGAAUGAGCUUGAAAAGAAACUCAUGGAAUUAGGAGUUGAGAGGCUAGUUUUGCCAGCUGUUUCCACCGUGCUAAACACAUGGACCACUUCAUUUGGUUUCUCAGUGAUGAAAGAAUCUCAGAGACUGAACUUCUUGAAUUACACUUUCCUUGAUUUCCAGGGUACAACAAUGUGUCAGAAACUCCUUCAGGAUAUCCCCUCAGUGGUAUCAAGUGGAUCAACAGAAGCAUAUCAAACUCAUUUUGAACACAUAAACAGCAAGGACAAUGUUGAGUUGGAUGGAAACAGUGCGCUUUCUGACGUCUUCCAAGCUGCGCUAAGUGAGAGGAGUGAAAUUGUGGACCAAGGAUCUGCACAUACACCUGGAGGAUGUGAAACCUGUAAUACGGAUGUUCCAGCUCCCCUCGUUAUUGCGGCAAACCAACAAGCUCGUCUUGGCUGCCUGCCUUGCCAGGAUGAAACUAAUCUGCAAUACCGAGCUGAAGCUACUGGUAGUAAUGUUUUUGAAAAAGCAGCUAGUGUCGAAUACAAAUAUUACAAGCGUAGAAGAAGAUAUCAGCCCGUGGAAGCUAAGCUGGUUUUGGAAGGGGUAACUGUCUAGUAAGCUGGUAAAUUAUGCAAAAAAGAUGGCACAACCACAGAACUGUGACAUCUUCCAGGAUACUUAUUUCAAAGGCCUAAAAUCUUUUGCUUCGUUAACCUUUUCUUUCCUCCUUAAAGGAGAGGAAGAGACUUUAAGGGCUGUUGGUCUCCCACUCGUAUAUAUUCAUGUACAGCUGACUAUCUCUAGGUAACCCUUUAGCUAAUCAAGAUCUCUUUUUUUAAUCCUGAAAGUGCAAAUGUGCAGAACCAAAGUCCACGGCUGGCAAGUUUGAAUGUCACGCCGCGAAUAUAAUUUUUGUCCAGAGCCAAUACAUUUGACCGCUGAUCAUAUAAAAGCACAAUGUUUGAGAAAAUUACUGGUUGAAACAUGCAAUCUAGUUUGGCACAUCACCUGGGAUAGCGAGGGGCAAUCUACUUGCACAUUCUUGUUGAUCCGGAAUCAUGAGCCUUGCAUCUUUCGUGGCAACAAGUAGAGGAAGAGAGCGGUAUAGGAAGAAUGAGGCAAGGUAAUGUAAGGCAGUCCCAGAUUGAACCGUUGGCUGGCUUUAAGUCAAAAGCCACAUCUAUAUAAAGGCUUUCUCUAUCAUUCUUCUACUCUACCUUUCUGCCAAUUCUUCUUCGUUUUUAUAUACAUUGCUAUUCUUCUGACAACUCCUUUCUAUUUAUUGUAUUUAGUUCUUGUGGUAGAAGAAACCAAUUAAUCAUUUGCCUAAUAGUUUCUUGGAAACACUUUGCCUACACU